UUCCACAUACGCUCACACUUUAGUGCGACAUCUCAUAUAUGAAGAAAUUCAUGUGUUAUAUACAGAAAUAUAAAAUCCCAUAAAAAGAUAUGCAAUGAAUCAGAACAAGUAGUUGAGUUAGUUGAGAAUUGGUUUUUAAGCCGUGUGUUAUUCAGUUAAUGGGCGCAUCAUUCGCUAAACAGAGUAACGUCAAAAUGAACAGUUCUGAGAAUAGAGAAUCGAAAAAGGAUGCCAACCAAGGUCAGUCGAACAGCAGUACGAGACCGUUGUCCAUCGAGGGUCCUUCAACCUCCAGUAACACCGAGCGAGUCCCAUCGCAACCAUUACCAAACCAACCAAGGCAACCAACUAAUUUGCAAGGUUUACUCAAAUAUGCUAUGGAUGCGGCACAGUCUGAGGAUACGGAAAAUAAAUCGCCAGUCUAUCCUUUGGACGAAGAAAAAAAAGCGUUUUUGAAUGAUGCAUUAUCAUCGUUAACGGUAAACGUGAUAGAGGAAUUGCAAAAAGCUGUGCAAAUCUUAUCUAACGUCAUCAAUUUACGAGCGGACGAUGAUUCGUCGGAAUAUGAGAAUGCAUUGGAAAGGAUGGCAGAUUUUGUAGACAAUAUUGACAUAGCCAAUGAUUUUUAUAAAAUUGGAGGCUUCUCGAUAUUUCAGCCAUGCCUGAAUUCCUCGCACAGUAGCAUCAGAUGGCGGAUAGCUGAUAUUAUCGCCGAAUUAGCGCAAAAUAAUCCAUUUUGUCAAGACAAGCUAUUAGAAGCUGGAGUAUUUCCUGUUUUGUUGUCUAUGAUCGAUUCAGAUCCAUCGGAACAGGCCAGGAUAAAAGCUCUGUACGCAGUGUCGUGUAUAGUCAGGGGACACCCUGCAUCAUUAAAGUAUAUGGAUACGAACGAUGGUUACUCGGUGCUUUUGCGAGCAAUGCAAAGCCCGGUGGAGAAAUUACAGAUAAAGUCCGCAUUUUUGCUUUCAAGCUUGUGCAGCAAGGAUGAUUCGAACGUAAAACAUACCUUGGUAAAAAUGGGAUUCAUAGAGCAAGCGGCAGGAUUGCUGGGUAGAAUAAAUUUACAGCCGGCAGUCAGGGAACAACUGCUGAGAGUGCUCAGUAGUAUGGUAAACGAUAAUUUUUUACCGGCGCUGAAGGAGUGUCGCCGAUCACAAUUGUAUUUAAGAUCCACUUUGGAGCAAUUGUUGACAGAAUUGAAACCUGUGGAAAACCAGGACGAGAUAGACAUGUGUGCCGAACUCCUGGAUAAAGUAUUUUCCGAGCCAGAAACGAGUCAAGAGAGAUAACACGAAUUUGUAUCAUAAUCUUUCCUCUAAAUAAACAUAACAAUGUUUGCAAUUCUAACAA